AUAAAAUUUUAAACCGUAGGAAACUAGAGUAAGAGUGUUACAACACUCUAGAGACCAUUACCAUUAUACUCCUACAUCUGGAGUAAUAUUUUUUUGAAUUUAGGUAACGUUUGUCAGAAUCUAACCCCUAGUAUUUUCUUCCACCUUUUCUUUUUCCUAAAGUUUUCAUUUACACCUAAACACUCUCAUUUCACUCCUAAUCUGCUCAAACACAUCUUCAACCUUGUAGCACAUAAAACUACGUAUAAUCGAAUUAAAACUUAGCAAAAUUUUUACGGUGCAUAACAACUUGAUCGUCUGGCCUAUUUGUAUGUAUUAUAAUGAUAAUGUCUAUCCCUGGUUGGAUGCAUAUACAGAAGAUGUUGGCUGUGGAUCACAUGUACACAUCAGUUUGUCUAAGAAUGGAGAAAACGUUUUUACUGCAUCUGAAGAACCAAAUCGGUAUGGGAUAUCGAAGAUUGGAGAAUUGUUCAUGGCUGGGGUGUUAGAUCAUCUUCGUUCCAUAUGUAUAUUUACAAUGCCUAUCCUUAAUAGUUAUGAGCGCCAAAGGUUUAAGUCGCUGAAUUCGUAUUACCUUUGCUGGGGGAUAGAGUGCAAAGAGUUAAUUGUAAGAGCUUGUUGCCCUCCUGGAGCUGCAGAUAUAGUAACCAAUUUUGAAAUUACAACGUUUGAUGGAACUGCAAACCCACACCUGGGUCUUGCUUGUAUAAUUAUCGCUGGGAUCAAUGGCUUGCGGAGAAGAUUACCAAUUCCAGAACCAGUUGGUAAGCUAGACAUAACUCAUUUUCCCAGUUUAUGGGGUUGACACUAGUGCACUUUUAUCUGAUAUUCCACAUGUAUUUUCUUCUUAAACAGAGCCAAACGCUUAUGUCUUUGAUUACAACGAUUAUAACGACUGUUGGGAUAAAAUAAAUAAUCCCGCCCAGGAAUAAUAUCCACAGCAAAUAAUAAUAAUACAAGAGAGUAAUAAUGACACCAAAUAUUUUAGCGAGAUAAAAUACAAUAUCCGAGUGUAGCAAUAUUAUCACUAUAAUAUUACAACUCAGUAGUGUCAAGAGACUACUGCAACUUUGAAAGAAAUAACACUCUUUAUAUAAAACACCUCACUACAAUAUUAAUAUCACUCACUAGUUAUCUCACAGACAACAAUUUGUGGAUUACUCUCUCUAACUUCUAUUGUUUCUCUCUUAUUUUGGUGUGUCUUAACUGAGAGGGAAUCAUCUUUAUUUAUAGGCAAAUUUGCCAACCACUUAGCAACACAAAUUUGACUUAUUGCAUCGGAAAUUGCAAAUUGAAAUCUUCAGCCGCCCAUAUGCAUUCAAACAGCAUAUUUUGUCCAAUUUUUUCAAUCU